AUGAACGUCGUCGGUACUACUAGACUCGUCGCACUGUGUCACAAAAUGCAAAAACUGAUUCUCGCAAAACUCUUCUCAUUUUUAUUCCUGUUAUUUCAGACACAACUUGUUGAAGACGCGAAACAACUUCCGGUUAUCAUUAUCCGCCCAUCGAUAGUUGGUGCUAUGUGGAAAGAUCCACUCCCUGGUUGGACAGACAACAUCAACGGACCAACUGGUAUUUUUGCAGCGGUCGGGAAAGGAGUAUUGACCAACAUGUGUGGAAGUGAAAGCUCAAAGGCGGACAUCAUACCCGUGGACAUUGUCGCCAACAUGAUCAUCGUUGCUGCCGCUCACCGGGCCACAACUAUGUAUGAAACUAUACCGGUGAUGCACUGUGCAUCUGGGGACCUCAACGCUUUGAGAUGGGAGAAAGUCGUUAACUUCCUGGAACAGUUCUAUCAUGAGUAUCCAAUGGAGCAAUGCUUCGCUAUACCAUCGACCAGGUUUCACAGUAGCAGGAAAAUGUUCGAGCUCAAUUACUAUAUAAAACAUCACAUUCCGGCCAGCACACUCGAUUUUAUAAAUGGACUGCUUGGUCGAAAAAAGAGGAACGUGCGGUUGUAUGCUCGUGUAUGGCGUAUGAUCGAAGCGCUGCAUUACUUCACAACACAUGGAUGGACUUUCCAAACAAAAAAUCUACCAAAAUUAUGGGACUCAAUGAGCACUCAUGAUCAGCAGGUAUGUUGUGAAAACCAUUGCCUUGAGAUCAUUCCAUUCCAUUUAUCGUCACCUGAGCAGAUAUUGCCUGACGUUUGA